AUGGCUUUUAUAGUGAAGACUAUGGUGGGUGGUCAGCUGAAGAACCUCACGGGAGGUCUGGGGGGCAAAGAGGAGAAGGGAGAAGGGGAGAAAUCAGCAGCUGAAGCUCAAGGUAUGACAAGGGAAGAAUAUGAAGAAUAUCAAAAGCAGCUCUUGGAGGAGAAGAUGGAGCGGGAAGCUGUAUACACCCAACGCAAAGCUGAAAGAGCCACACUGCGGAGUCACUUCCGAGACAAGUACCGACUACCAAAGAGUGAAGUUGAUGAAACUCAGAUACAACUAGCUGGAGGAGAUGUGGAACUGCCCAAGGAGCUGGCAAAGAUGAUCGAAGAGGAUAAUGAAGAAGAGGAAGGAAAAUCAUCUGUCAUUGGACAACUCAGUAACAUCCAGAAUAUAGACUUGGACUCAAUUAAAGGAAAAGCUCAGUCAACAUUGGAUGACCUGAAACAAUCAGCUGAAAAGUGCUCAGUUAUGUGA